AUGGCCAGCAAGCUGUCCAACUUUGGCAAAACCCUGCUGCGUCGCCGGGCAUUAAACUGCGGGGGCGAGGAGUCCCAGUUCGCCCGCUGCCUGUCCACCCUGGACCUCAUCGCCUUGGGGGUGGGCUCCACGCUCGGCGCCGGUGUCUACGUCCUCGCAGGCGAGGUCGCCCGGGAUAAAGCUGGACCCGCCAUCGUCCUCUGCUUCCUCAUCGCUGCUCUGUCCUCCAUGUUGGCCGGCCUAUGCUACGCUGAAUUCGGUGCCCGUGUCCCCAAAACGGGCUCUGCAUACCUUUACAGCUACGUGACGGUUGGAGAGAUCUGGGCCUUCAUCACGGGGUGGAACCUCAUACUCUCCUAUGUGAUAGGUACAGCCAGUGUGGCCAGGGCGUGGAGCUCCACCUUCGACAACCUGGUGGAGCAGAAGAUCUCUGACUUCUUCAAAGCCUCGAUGGCAAUGAAGGUGCCAGGAGGGGUUCUGGCAGAGUACCCUGACCUGUUUGCCCUCAUCCUCAUCCUGCUGCUUACUGGACUUCUGGCCUUUGGCGUGAGCGAGUCAGCGCUGGUGAAUAAGAUCUUCACAGGCAUCAAUCUGGUGGUUCUCGGCUUCGUUAUCAUCUCUGGGUUUGUUAAGGGGGACACGGCCAACUGGAAGCUGACAGAAGACGACUACGUCGGCUUCAUCAACCAGACCAAUGGCACCUGGACAAACAAAGUUGAGAAGGAAUUCGGCAGUGGUGGUUUUGCUCCGUUUGGUAUUGCUGGAGUUCUGUCUGGUGCCGCCACCUGCUUCUACGCCUUUGUGGGCUUUGACUGCAUCGCAACAACAAGUGAAGAAGCAAAGAACCCCAUGCGCUCCAUACCUAUUGGCAUCGUGGCCUCGCUGCUCAUCUGUUUCUUCGCAUACUUCGGCGUGUCUGCAGCUCUGACCCUUAUGAUGCCGUAUUACCAGCUGGACCGGCAGAGUCCUCUGCCUGAGGCCUUCACACAUGUGGGCUGGGCUCCGGCCAGGUACAUCGUGGCUGUGGGCUCGCUCUGCGCUCUGUCCACCAGUCUCCUCGGCUCCAUGUUCCCCAUGCCUCGUGUCAUCUACGCCAUGGCAGAGGACGGGCUGCUGUUCCGGACUCUGUCCAGGAUGAACGCUCGCACAAAGACUCCCCUUCUGGCGACCAUCGCUUCUGGUAUUGUUGCAGCGCUCAUGGCCUUCCUGUUCGACCUGGCUGCUCUGGUCGAUCUCAUGUCGAUUGGAACUCUGUUGGCAUACUCUUUAGUGGCCAUCUGCGUCCUCAUCCUCAGGUACCAGCCAGGCAACCUGAAUUCAUCCAGCCAGACGGAGAAGCUGGUGGAGCUGGUGGAAGGAGAGAAGGUGGCUGUAAGUGGAGGGGACAGCGGUGACGAGUCCGGCAUGGAGUUGGAUGAGAAGCCGCUACGAGAGACCUUCACCGCCAAGCUGCUCUUCUCUCCAAGUGGAAAGAACCCAACAGAGACCUCCGGGGCCAUCGUCUACGCCACCACUGCUAUUAUUUCCAUUCUUAUCACUGUACUCUGCGUCAUCCUGGCCAACUGUCUCCAAGAGCUGCGGGACGGAAGUGCAGGCGUCGUGGUGCCCGUCAUCAUUUUGACUCUGCUCUGCGCCGUCUGUGUCAUCAUCAUCUGGAGGCAGCCGGAGAGCAAAGAGGCUCUCACCUUCAAGGUCCCUCUGCUGCCCUGGUUGCCCCUGUUCAGUGUUUUCGUCAACAUCUACCUCAUGAUGCAGCUGGACUUGAGUACAUGGAUCCGCUUCUCCGUCUGGAUGGCUAUCGGUUUCGCCAUCUACUUCUUCUAUGGUAUUAAGAACAGCAGCGAAGCAGCCAACAGGUCAUCCCCGCGCAAAUAUGAGCCCGCGCUGCAGAGCAAGAGCCCGAUCUACAAGGGCGCCCCUGAUGACAGCGACCUGGAGGCGGGCAGCCCCUGAUACAGACUGACGUAGACCUGGGGAGUGUUGCAGAUCUUCUACACUCAUUCGUUUUUUUGGCCGUCUGGUCGAAAUGGCUGCCAAACGCUGCGGUGUAGGCGGCCCUGGAACGCAGCCCUGGGUUUAUAAAAGGAAGAGGAGGCAAGAAAACGCCACACACAUCUUACCUCUCACUCAGAGGCUAAUUAACUUGACGGCCAGACACUGUGACAGAGCCACUUUCUGGUCCGUGUGUUUGUUUUAACCUGUCUGUCUGUACUUAGCCUUAGCCCUCCGGAGAUCUACCUGUAAAAACUGCUUCAAAUGAACCGAACUAACAACGAGUACUGUGGCGCUUCUCUUGAAGUUUUCGUUAACUGGAUGAAUGUUACACUAUACUAACUUAGUCUUCGCUCCUCCUCUGCCGUCAGUGCGCUGUAGCUUUGUGUGCAGUCAUCGGCACAUGACAAACAAAUUAUGACUUGAGACGGUGAGUUUACAGUCGUUGAGAGACCUCGAUCCGUGAGCUAGACUGCACAGAGUGUGAAAAACACCAGUAGUCGUCAGUAGGGUUAACAUGUCUAGUUUACUGUCACAGUUUAUUGCACCUUCCUGUUUUUUUGUUUUUCGUGUGAACAGGGUAGCUCUGCAGCUGUGCGGUCGACAGCGACAGGGCCGCAAACAUUCAGAUAGGUCAGUAGCACGUGGUCGAUGUCAUCUACACAGUUCGAUGUCUGAGGUUUAAGUACACGCUUUACAGAUUCGCAAGGUUAAACACACUAUCGCCUUUGUGCCCCCCUGCUCCCAGAGAACAGCUGGCCAGUAUGCGUACACAGCAGCAUUAUUGAAUCCUAUGAAAUCAGUCGCUUCUUUUAUAUUUUAUUACGAUUCCCGGGAAUCCAGUAAAACUAUUUUUAACCCAAAAACUAAAGGAAAAAGAGUGAAAGAAAGCGGGAGUUAAACGACCUAAUUGGCUUUCAUGAGUUGUAUAAUGAGAGUGCAUGGAAAGAUCUGUAUGAAUUUAAAACAAUCCUUUUAAUUCCAGGUUUAUUUUACAUGUUUGCAGGCCUGUACUCAGAUCUGUUUUGCAGAUCUGAGGAAGCUCAUCGAGCGAUCCGACGAAUCGCUCGAUGAGCUUCCUUUUUAAAAACCCAGAGAGUCCAGGAUGAACUGUCUCGGUGGUGUCGGGGUGCCGGGGGGCCUCUCUGUGGACGAGGGCCUGUCUUUUAAUCACAUCAAGAUAUCUUUUCUUUUUUUUUACUUUCUUGUGAAAAUUAGAUUUUUUUCACAAAGGUUCUGGUUUUAGUUUCAAUUGAAACUUGUUCUUGGCAGCUUGGUCUGUUGAGCAACAAUCACAUGUAUUUUAUUCAACCUUAUUUUAUUUUUACUACUAAACUUUUUUCUGAUAGACUUGUUAAUAUUUAAAUGUUUCUUCUGGGAUAGCUUUCGUCAUUAUUGCCUUUUUGUCUUCUCAAUCAAUUAAUAUGCUUUGUAGAUUUGGAUCGUUCGUGUACAGUUGUUAGUGUGCUGAUGUUCUUUUGCUCAUGUUUGUUUCUAUCUUCCUUUUUUUGUUGCACACAUGUCGCAGCAUCAAAUAAUUUAAUUGUGAUAUCCUUCCUGACCAACUGAACGUGUUUUUGGGAAGCUAAGCUUUCCAAAACGGAGAAUGACCACUAAGAAUUUGGUCUUUAAAUUGUGUAAUUUAAAAUCUUUCUACCCCGAUCCUCUGGAGUCAAGAUAAUUUAUUGUUAAUAGCAAAUGUUUUUUUGUUGUUCUAGUAAAGUGCUUUACUGUAGAAUGUACAGUAUGUGUACAGUAUCUAUCUUGUAUUUGUAUAAUGCUGUAAAUUAUACAAAUGUACUUUUGUUAAAAUAUGAACUCAAGUAUAAUUUGGUAAGAGAUGUUUUUUGUGACGUACACUUGAAGGCAUUUCUUUGACACCUGAUGCUGCUGAAAUCCACAUCACACAGAUCCCAGACCAGUUUCUUUACAUAAAAUGGAAGUAUUGGAGCAUUCCUGCAGAUCUUUACAAGCUGCUGCUCUCCUCCGUCACACCUGUCAGGUGAUGACAGAUCUCCCAGCAUACGCUGUAGAGGAGGGAGUGUGUUCAGUGAGCGUAGAUCUGGAUUCACACAGUGUUUCUGGAUGAUAUCAGUCGAUUAUCUGGUGCCUGAAGAAGCGAUCCACCUGCUGACGGAGGCACCGGGGCUGCUCAAUCUAAAGAAUUAGUUUUCCUGACGAUGAUGAUGAAUCCCAGGAAGAAUUGAUUUGUCGUUAAAGGUUACGUGACUCAUAUCACAGCGAGCUCUUCACACUCAGCCCUUGUGCCUUUUCAAAAGUCAAUCCCGUCAUCUCCCCUCUCAGCGCUGACUCGUUAACAGCAACUAUCUUUUGUUGUCUCUGUUUUAUAUCCUGUAUAUAUGGCUGUCAUGUACAAAACGAGCUGUAUUUUCAAUGUUUUGUUUUGUUUUUUUAAAUAAAAUGAUUCUUGCUCACGGCA